AUGCUUUCCAACAACCUCAUCCGGACAGUAAUCUUUCUUUCUUUUAAUGGGCCUGGAAUUGUAGGGAAUAUCCUGAUAUUUGUGAGACAUGUCUAUACUUUCAUCAUGGGAACUGAGAAAAAACCCAUAGACCUCAUCAUCAUUCAUAUGGCAUUUUCAAAUAUCCUUUUUAUUUACAGCACAGGUAUCAGGCUUAUAGCCACAGCUUUUUAUUUCAGAAACUUCCUAGGUGAGGCUGCUUGUAAAAUUUUAAUUUUCCUGGCAAGGGUGGCUCGAGGCCUCUCCAUCUGCACCACCUGUCUCCUCAGCAUGGUCCAGGCUGUCACUGUCAAUCCCAGGAUGACCCUGUGGAGAAAACUCAAACCACAGACUGCAGGGCAGGUUCUUCUCUAUCUCCUCUUCUUCUGGAUCUUUAAUUUUCUGGUAAGCUCCAACCUGCUGUGUUAUAUCACAACAGUCAGUAGUGUGAACAGAUCUGGAGCUGGAAUUUAUACUGGGUAUUGCUAUAUGCUACCAUCUAGGCAAACAGUGAAGUGGUUUUUCCUCGCUUUCAUGAUUCUUUUUGAGGUCGUCUUCCAAAGUCUCAUGGGCUGGAGCAGUGUGUCCAUGGCUGUCCAUCUAUAUAAACAUCACAAACGUGUCUCCUACCUUCGUAGCUCCAAGUGUGCUAACAAUUCGAGCCCAGAAACCAGAGCCACACAAAGCACUCUCUUUCUCAUGACCUGUUUCCUUUUCUUUUAUUGGGUAGACUUCAUUUUCUCCUUCUACAUAGGUUCUAUACUGAUACAUGAUUCCAUAAUUCUAGCAAUUAAAACAUUUCUUAGUCUUGGUUAUGCUGUCCUCAGCCCCUUUAUCCUGAUUGCCAGAGAUUUCCAUCUGGUUAACUGCUGGCACAUUCAGUAA